CAAAAGAAACGAAUCCCAAAUGAGUUCUUUUUUUUUUCUUUUUUCUUCCUCCAUUUGCAACCAAACACAGUGUUGGUUUAAGAGAAAAUGAUGAGAGAGAGGGAGUGGGCUGGCUUUUUUGAGACCUUCGAAACACUUUCAAAUCAUGUCCAAUUACUAUAUUAUCCUCAAUCCCCAUCCUGGCGGUGGAAGAAACAGCGGAGAGACGGCAAUAAUAGCGAAAGAUGAGCUAUUUGUGUACAAAAGGAUGAGGAGGAUUGAAGAAAGCGAAGAAAGAGCGCAUCAGCAAAAUAUACUCUCUCUCAGGUAGGGCUAGGGUUUUGUGUCGUGGCUAUGCAUGGCGCUGUUGUCACUAUCGGAUCCUGGAUUGAAAUCAGAUACUGGCGGUGGAAGAAACAGCGGAGAGGCAGCGAUGAUAGCGAAAGAUGAGCUAUUUGUGUACAAAGGAUAUGGAGGAUUGAAGACAGCGAAGAAAGAGAGAGGUUGCGCGGCCAAAGAGCGCAUCAGCAAAUUGCCUCCCUUUGCCGCCCGUAAAAGCAGCUCCAUCUAUCGUGAUGGACUGGUCAAUAUGAAGCUCACCUUUGGGACGAAAGUACUUGGAAUCAGAAUCAGAACAAGAAAGGAAAGCGAGAAUCCCAAGGCUAGCUGCUUUUAUUUUUGGCAAAGAUAUACGUUCCAAUCCCGAGGCUAGCUGCUUGUCGGCAUGUAUAUCUUGAUUUAUUUAUUCUUUUCUUUCCUUAUUUAUUUUCUUGAAUGUAGACUCAGUGUCUGUAAUAGUGUAAUGUAAUGUACAAAUGGAGCUUAAUUAGCUAAUUUAUUUUCUUUUAUUAUUCAAUUUCAGAUUGGGUAUUGGCCACAAUGAUC